GGUCUUUAAAAGGACGCGCUGAAUAAAGCUGCUCUGGAGUCGACAGGUAAACGCUCACGUGUUAUUUACAUGAUCCUGACGGUGUGAGGACCUCACGCGCUGCAGACACACAACAGACAUCCGUGUAACUGACAUCAGACAAACGGCACAGACACGAUAGACUUUUUUUUCUUUUGUCUUUUUGAGGCUCGUGCGUGUUUUGCACAUCUCCAUCAUUUUUGUGGAGACUCGGAAAUCUGUGGAGUUCCUUCCCAGCUGUGAACCAGAGACAAUCAUGAUCCUCCUGACUCCCCCUUCUGGUUUCUUCCAGUGCACCAACAAGCUCUUUCUGAGUGAUCAGGCCGCCUGGCUCCACAUCAAGGAGUUCGCCCGUAAAAAUGCAGCGAACGCUCUGUCAGUCGCCAACAUGGUCAUGGGCAUGGCCUCCAUUCUCAGCAGUCUCAACGGGCACCAUCAUGCCGCAUGUUGGCUGGUCCUGAUUGGCUACCUGCUGGAUUACGCAGAUGGAGCGGUUGCCAGGCGACUGGAUGCCUGCUCGGCGCUGGGUGCGAAGCUGGACGAUUUCGCCGACUUCACGACCUUCGGAAUCGCCACGUCACUGCUCCUGAGGACAACGGACCUGAUGGACAACAUCCUGUGCGUGUGCUACGUGCUGUCGGUGUUCGUCCGCCUCUGUUUCUACUCAACCGGAAUCCCCUUCAUGUACCGCGGCCUGCCCUGCACUUACGCCUCAGCCAUCGUGUCCUGUGCCACAAUACUGUCGGGGGGGAACAUGGCCGUGCUGCGCAUCGUGGUCGUCGCCAUGAUCCUCUGCAUGAUCAACCAGAACUUCUACCCCCAUGACAAAGUGCUGGAGUCACAGGCCUGGAAAAAAGUUGUUUACUUUGGAGGAGUCAUCAUGUUGUUCUGCUCGUCAUCCCCCCCCAUGUGCGUGUACUACCUGCUCUGGUGUUUCUCCUACGUUUUGUUCCCGACUUCCCUGUGGAGCACUAAAGUGUAGGGAAACGGGUUCUGGUCUUGUCCCAAAACUCGCAGUAGGUUUACCUCCGGCUGAUCUGGGCGAAUUUAGUUGUCCCAGAAUGUUGCUGCUCCCCACUGCCCUGGAGGAUUCAAGCUGAACAUGCUCAUGCAGGCUAACACUUGCUCUAUUUGACCUUUAUUUUGAUGAGACAGAACCUGGAUGACAGGGAGUUGUGAUGAGGGACAGGAGGGAAGGACAUUUUCAAGUCACUUCUAAGGAUUUAACCUUCAUACACAUGUUUUAUGUCUUUGUUGCAGUGUCACUGAAGCUGGGGGGGGGGGGGGGUUGCCUGUUACAAAAAUCAGAAUUUUCAUCAGGUUGUGUAAUCUCCCUACUUCAGUGUUAAUCCAAUCUUUCCUCGAUGGGUAUAUUUUCAUAGGAAAUGAUUGCAAUGCUUUUCUCCAACAUUUUUGCCUCAUAUUUAGUUUUGCAGCCACACGAGGCAUCACGACCACUAAUACGAUUUCCACGGUGUUGAGCGUAGAGUUAGGAAUGAACUGUCCGUGUGCUGCACUCUGGAGAUAAGACCUCUAAUCCAAGAGUCUUAUUUCUCUGCAGCAUUUUUUUCUGAGAUUUAAAACUCUCAGAAAAACAUCUGUAACAUCUGUCAAUGUUUGUAUCAGGGUUGGGGUCAAUUGGAUUUUAACGGUAUUCAGCUCGUGGUGUGUCGUUAAAACUCGUAUCGCACACCUUCUUACCAGCUAACCAAAGAGUAGGAUCUUUGGACCAUGGGGAGAGAAUCCACACUCCCCUGUUAUUUCUGGACUCCAGCCCUUGUGCUUUUGUUAAAUGCGUUCUUGUUUUUUCUUCCAAGUUGUGAGUCUGGUUAGGACAUUGUGUGUUAGAUUUCAGUGUUUUGCAUGACUUUGCCUGUUUGAAGAGGCAAUGCAGUUUAUAUAUCGAAUCCACACUGGAUCACCAUUACCCCCCACCCGCCUGUAUAUUACCUCUCUGACCACGGCUGCAUCACAGGUGUUUGACAACUGAGUGAAAAAACACCUGCAGCGUUAGGAAAUUAUUAAUUAAUGAGGAGUCGGAAAUACAUCACGAGUCGAAACCGAAAACCAUAACUAGCUCGGCUGCAGAGGUUUUCCUCCACACGAGAUUAAAGAUCCAGUGUGAUUUAGGUGAAAAGGAACCAUUGGUAGAAAUUAUCCUAGUGAUGUUUUCACUAGUGUUUCAUCUAAAUUGUACUAAUUGUUGUUUCUUUUACCCUGCAACGUGCAACUUCACCACCAGAUGUCACUAAACUCUACACAACCAACCUUUAAAGAGAAACAACACAAGGACUGUAAAUCCUGCCUUUUCCUGCCACCUAGUGGUCACGGAUUACAAAUUAUAAAAUGUUGUUGCAUGACAGUCUGUGUGAACAGUGCAGCUGGACUGAAACUUUAAAAAUCCACAGAGAUCAGGCGAGGAGAGGAGAAGUGAUUCUCUUUAACUUGGCCAGAACUCUGUCCUUUUUGAGCGAGGACAACUUUUUGGCUCGUGCCUCACAAUCGGUGUAUUUCUGCCUCCCUGCACACGUGUGCGACAAAUGGGGGAGAUUACAUAGUUUUAUAUGGAUUCUUUCAGAAGCCUGAUGAAAAGCCUGAUGUUCUCACCCCCCCCCCCCCCCCCCCGUAUUCAAACUACACCUACUCACAGCUGUCAGAAUAAAGGGAAGGACAUCAUUCACGAUUUGAUUUCUUGUGAUUUUAUUGAUAUGUAACUUGUAUAAACUCCAGACUCUUCUGAGAGGAAAAAGGAACAGACGGAGCAAAAUGUCCUGAAUCAAGACCUUGAAUUUAAAAAAAACAUAAAAACAAAAGGACACGACCUCUGAUUCAGAUGUGGGUUCAAACCGAGCCUGGCUUAGUUCAUGAUGAUGGUGCAUACACAGACUGAAAUUAAAAUCUCCUCUAGUUCAUUCACUAGUGCAUUCAGCUUUCCUGUGUGGGUGUUUUGGUUUUCAAACUGUAAAGUCACGGUGACGUGAUGCAUGCCGAGAGCAUAGGAGAUACUAAGCCUGUACUUUGAUUAAAUGAUGAUGAAAAGAGAUCUCGAUGAAUGAUCUGUGCUUUCAAGUCUGUACUUUUUUUGACAAUAAAGAGGAAAUUGAAAUAA